CUUAUUGGAUAAGAUCAACAUCAAAUUAUGUACAGUUGAGAGUUCAAGUUGUUAGUUCUCCAAAUCAAAGUCAUUCAUUCAUGUUUGUAUUAACAUUAAUUCAUAAAAGUUGUUGGAAAGUCUAUAUUUUAAGAUUAUACAGUUCAAGUUAUAUCUUGCAGGAAUUCAUUUCAUAUCUCAAACUCCCACUCCCACUCCCUCAGUUAUGAAAUGGUCGUAGUUCGCGGGUAUGAUCUUAUUCGCACUUACAUGUCGACCCCCCCUCAGACCCAGUCCACCUCGACUUCUCAGGCUGUUAUCACUGCGCUUGAAGCAUUAUGAAAACGAAUAUCGCAAUGUUAGGCGAUCCUCAACUCACACUAGUUCCCAUAGUGUGGGAAUCGAACAUGUCCGCAAUAUAGGUAUCAUUGCCCAUGUCGAUGCAGGGAAAACGACAACCACGGAGCAGAUGCUUUACAAUUCUGGGGCUUUGAAACGUGCAGGAAAUGUUGACGUAGGAGAUACCGUGACUGAUUUUUUACCUAUGGAGAGACAGAGAGGAAUUACAAUCCAAUCUGCCGCAAUCACAUUCACUUGGCCAUUAAAGGAGCGUCUGGCCCCGGGCAAAAAUCAGUAUAUCAUCAACCUUAUCGAUACACCUGGUCAUGUGGAUUUCAGGUUCGAGGUAGAACGCUGUAUCCCCGUGCUUGAUGGCGCUGUCUGCGUUAUCGACGGAGUAGAGGGUGUUGAGGCACACACUGAGAGAGUGUGGUCUUCUGCCCAAGAGUUCAAAGUUCCUCGUGUCGUCUUCGUCAACAAACUUGAUCGGGAUGGCGCCUCCUUCAAGAAGUCCGUACAGGACAUUGGGCUAAAACUUAAUGGGAUGCCAUUGGUUUGUCAGAUACCUUGGUGGGGCAAGGAUAGCAUACGGGGUGUAGUUGAUGUCAUAUCUCGUUCUGUCGUUAGUUGGAUGGGAACAAAAGAUCACCCUGAGGAGCUAUCGGGGAUCUCUCUUGAGGGUACCAUAAAGGACGAGACUGAACGCGCACGUGAGAGGCUGAUUGAACAGCUCUGCGAGAAGGACGACGAACUCCUAGAAUUAUGGACUGCCCAUGGAAGCAACCUAUCCGAAAUGAAUAUCAAACAGAGCAUUCGUCGUGUGGUUAAUUAUGGAGACGGGUCUUUAAUACCCGUCUUUGCAGGAUCUAGCUUGAAGAACAUCGGUGUUGCCGCUUUGCUGGACGCAGUCACAGAUUAUUUACCCAAUCCCCAAGAUCGUCCCGAGCUUGAGGUCCGGGUUAGACAGACACAGCAACCUCUAAGCCAGGUUCUUCAAGCAUUGGAGUCUUCCAAAAAGUCUCAACUCCGCUUCGAGGCUCUUGCUUCAGUUUUUAAGGUGGUCAAUGAUCCCCGCCGAGGAAUGCUAGCUUUCGUCCGAGUCUAUACGGGAAACCUAAGAAAGAACGCGCCUAUGUGGAAUGCUAACCUGCAAGAAUUUGAGAGGCCUCUCAGCAUGAUGCAAAUAUCCGCAGAACAGACUCUUGAGAUUCCCUACUUAUCUCCUGGCCAGAUAGGUGCAAUCGCUGGCCUGAAAGCUGCACGGACUGGAGACACAUUGCUAACCUUUGGCGCCAACAAAAAACCGCAAACAGAACUUGCGACAAUACAAGUACGGCCCCCCAAAAUUCCACCUGCUGUAGCCUUUCUUGUUUUGGAUGCAUAUAGUCCGACUGGUGCUAAGGCACUCGAGGAAGCUCUAGAAAACCUUUCGAGAGAAGAUCCCAGUUUGCGCUGGUUUCAGGAUGAGAAAACAGAACAGUAUACCCUUUCUGGGAUGGGUACGCUCCACCUAGAAGUUGCCCGCGAUCGUCUCCAGAAUCAUUACAAGGUCGAGGCAUAUUGGGGUUCGAUCUCGGUUGAUUACAAAGAAUAUUUAAUGGAGCCGACAGCCUCGCACCGAGCGGUCUUUGACAGGGUAAUAGCAGGAAAGUCUGGUAAGGCUGCCUGCUCGGUGGUCAUCGAACCUCUCGAAGACCACCAUCGUGAGACAUUAUCAGGACCCUUCAUCGAGCGAGACGGCAAUAUAAUCCAAGUCGUAUUCUCACAUGAGAGCCAAAUACCCGACGUUGAUGGCACAAGACAACAUCUCUCGAAUGGUGUAAUAGCAGCACUGACGAGAGGUCCCCGUCGAAACUCGCCGAUGCACCACUGUCUUGUCACCGUCUCAUACAAUCCCACAACGGACUCGUUCGGAUCAGCUCCAAGUUCCCAUCUCAUCAGCGCAGCGAACAAGGCGGUACGGGCCGCCCUUCAGGAAGCUUAUCAACAAAAAAUGAUCGGCAUACUUGAGCCUGUAAUGAGGGUCACGAUCGUCUGUCCCGAAGUCUCAGCGGGCGCAGUUCAACAUGACAUACACACCGUCCGUGGGGGGCACGUCCUCGAAGUCAAGGACAUACAAGAAAGCCACACAGAAGAAGGCGACAUCACUGACGUGGCCAAGAUCUAUGCUCCUCCCGAUCCCUACGAGUUUCAAACGACGAUACGGGAAACACAAACGGGCCGCUUACGAAAACUCGAGAUUACGGCUCUUGUGCCGUUUGUGGAGAUGCUAGAUUACGAUACCCUACUCCGGGGGAAAACACAGGGAAGACAUACUUUGACCAUGGCUCUGGACACCUUCGAGAGGGUCACGGGGCCCAGGGAGAAGGGGCUUUGAUCUACAUAGGUAGGUAGUUUCCAUUGGUAUUCGGUUGGGAGGUUAAGGCACUGAGAUGGCGCAUCAUCGUGGUAUGCCUCAUGCCCAUUUGCAUGCAUACUCCCUACGUACAUACUAUAUAGGUAUUUACAUAUGUACGUGGCAUGGGAGUUUUUAUGCCAAGUGGUAUAUCUCUGUAUGUAUAUACUAUACUCUAUGACUGUUCAGAUCAAAUUCAUCAAAGUGAUCAAAGUGAUCAAAGUAAUUAUUUCAUCUUCAUAUCAUUUACUACCUCCCGUGGACACGUGGAUCAAAGCGAUAUUGGCUUGAACUGCGGUGUAACAGAGAGCUACCAGAGGAAUAGCAGAGUAAUAUGCUGCCCGCAUGAUGACGGUGAAGCUCGUCUGUGGCAAUGCUACCUACAUAUGCAAGUACCAACAAUGGACAUCCA